UGCUUUUUAGAUGAAGUGAGUAGUUGGAUUCUGUUUAGUGUCAACUUAUUAGACAAAGAAAUAACAUUCUCUCCUCUCCUGCAAAAAUGAAAAUAGAUUCUGUGGAUAAACUUGUGUGUAUCAAAGCCGGAUUCUUCUGUAUUAUCCUGUUUUUUUGGGUAACCGGUAUUGUGCUGAUUUGUCUUGGAGCCUCGGUACAGACACAACUGUCAGAUAUUUCUUUGGUCAUAACAGAGACCUCUGCUGGGGCCCCUAUGGUUCUAGCUAUUGUGGGAAUGGUGAUUAUCUUCUUGUCUGGGUUUGGAGCAUUGGCAGCAAUAAAGGAAAACAACAUCCUGAUCAAAACUGAUAAGAACCUAUCGAGUGCCUCAUUUGGAGAAGUAGGAGGAAAGAAGGGAACGAAGUACCAAAGAUACCUUUAUACGAGGGACAUACCACGGUUUACCGUGAGUACGUUUACAGGGGUUAUGCUUUUGGUUUUCGUUGUAGAGAUUCUUGUUGGAAUAUCAGCCUAUUCAUACAGAGACAAGCUACAGAAUAACGUUCUCCAGAGAUUCGUGAAAUUGUUGAAUAAGUAUGGAACAGACAAGCAAGUGACCCGAGUUGUGGAUGGGGUGCAGGAAGAGUUCCAGUGUUGUGGCGCAAAUAAUUUUACAGACUGGUUUAACACCAGUUCUUCAAACUCCGUACCUCCCAGUUGUUGCAGAAUAAUCCAGCAGAAGUGUGGAGAAGAUGCACUGGGAAAUGUUGAGAAGCUGCACCCAGAGGGCUGUGUGGUGAAGAUGAAGAAGUGGAUAUCGGAACACAUCAAUGUAAUUGGUGCAGCAGGUGUUGGUCUGGGGAUCUCGCAGAUACUUGGCAUUCUGUUCUCAUGUUUACUUGCAAAGAUCCUACAAAAGAAGUAUGUGUCUAUGUGACAGGAAUAGAAGAACACCAAGUCCUUAAUAUCACUUAUUUGGUGUACAGUAGCUUCUGUCAGUUGUGUAUAUAUUGCAUUACCUCAUGCUUACUCACUGGUUAGAUGUUUGCUUCAAAAUAAAAUAUUUUUCACUGUU